AUGCCUCUAGAGCAUCGAGAAGUGUUUGAGCCUUCAGUCUUUUACACUUUGUCCGGCCUGGUUCACAAUUCCGGGGAUGAUGACGAUGAAAGUGAUGUAGAGAAACUUCAGCUUCAGCCAGAAGUACUCACUAAAUUACAAGGAUUCUACGAUGAAUUGGUUUGUAAAGACAAGGUAGCCAAGGAAUAUGCAAAACUUGCAUCUGGGCAAGGUGGUCCUUCUCUUCCCGAUUUCAACCGCAAAUCUCUCAAAUGCAUAGAGCGGAUCCACAGCGAUAUUGAAAACGAAUCCAAUAACAUGGAGUUCUCAUACUACCUCUUGGCUUGUAGCACCCAUGCUUCAACUGAGGCUUCCUGCGGAUCGCCUGGAUGGGCUAGGGAGUUCACGUCUCACGAUGCAAUGGCUGUAUAUGUCAAUAAGAAGAGCAACUUCGGCAAGGUAUUUGCCGCACACGCCCAAGGCCUUUCGGUGGCCGAGGCAGUUGCUCAAAUAGUUGGACCUAAUGUUAUGUCAAAUGGUGGAAAGGUUCGAAAAACCGAUCCUGGUGAUAUAUUCAAAGCUGAUCUGGCACUGUUGCUGCGAGGAAGUUUCAGUUCCUUGACCGGGAAGGAACAAGGUUUCCCCCGUGGACCAGACCCAGUUUCUUUGUUACGGGAAGACCAUGGUAUUAAUAUUAUCCAACUACCAGGUUCCAAACUUCCUUCUGAGGUCCUGAAACUGGGUUUUAAUGCCAUGAAUAGUCGUAGAAGCCUUUGGCUGCAGGAUGUACAAGCAAAUAAGUUCAAGAUGGAAAAAAUCAAAGCAGAUUCAGAACCUCUUGAAGAGACUGCGGAUGAAAGUGUUUCAGCGACAGAAGAUCUAGUGAUGAUGACACAGGAUAUUCAGGAUUAG